ACGUACUACGACCGCAAGGCAGUGUCGUUCUAUACCUCAUCAGCAAUUCAUAACAAAGGCUCAUUUUCACAUAGUGCAGAUAUGUGUGCAUGUCUUGGAUAGAGAGAAGAUAGCUUAAGGAAAGUAGGCAGAAUGACAGAACGGAUGAGAAGGAAGCUGAAAAUAAAAAAUGACUUGGUGCGAGAAUUCCUGGCAGAGUUUCUCGGUACUUUCAUUUUAAUGAUUUUUGGCGAUGGGUCGGUGGCCCAAGCAGUGCUUAGUAAGCAGUCUGUUGGAAAUCAUAUGUCCAUCCACUGGUCGUGGGGAGUCGGGGUGAUGAUGGGCGUGUACGUGGCUGGAGGAGUAUCAGGUGGACAUUUAAACCCAGCUGUGAGUGUAGCACAAGCAUGUCUGGGCAGGUUUCCAUGGAAGAAAGUACCACUUUAUGCUGUAGCGCAGUACUGUGGAAGUUUUGUAGCAUCAGUCCUGGUAUUUAUAGUCUAUUUCGAUGCCAUCAACAAUUAUGAUGGUGGUGUUCGAGCGUUGGUGGGUGUGAACGGAACUGCGGGGAUAUGGGCUACCUACCCUACCUCAUAUGUAUCAGUUGUCAACUGUCUUGGCGAUCAGGUUUUCGGAACAGCCAUCCUGCUGAUUUGCGUACUGGCCAUUACUGACGACAGAAAUAUGACCCCACAUAAAGGUCUCGUCCCGAUCAGUAUAGGUCUGGUGGUGUUUGUUAUAGGUAUGACAUAUGGACUUAACUGUGGCUACGCAAUCAACCCCGCGCGAGAUCUGGCACCAAGGAUAUUUACUGCUAUAGCUGGUUGGGGAGCAGAUCCAUUUAGUCACAGAUCUUACACGUACUUCUGGGUGCCUGUCAUUGGUCCACACGUAGGUGCAGUAGUGGGAGCCUUCACAUAUCAACUAUUCGUGGGAUUUCAUUGGCCGGAUGACCUUAACGAACAUGACACGGAAUUGCAGAACAAUAUACGAAAGAGUCGAGAGGCUGUUUACUCGGACGGCGAAGACAGAGUCCGCUUAAAUCCGCCUGGAGGAUUGGAAUUACAGGAAUGACGUCACUGCUUGGAUAUAGAUACAAAAUUUUAGAUUCCAGGAGACGAUGUGUGACAUGCAAGGAAAAGGAGGAAAAUCUCAAAAGGCAGCUUUGUCCAGGUUACUGAUGUUAAUCAGGGCGAUUUCGAUAUCAACAAACUAAACUUGUCAUCGCCUAUGGCUACUGCAUACAAAAAGAACUUUCUGAAAACAUUUACAAUAAUCUCUUGCAGCACAGCUGUCAGUAUCGGUUUGGUUUCUUAUAUGUGAGGUGUAUGACGAAAAAAUGGUUUUCCUACCUCACGUGAACAGGUGCCCAGAACCCAGAAUGGGGAGAUCCCGGAAAACUUUUAAAUCACUCUAGCAACAUUUCUUCAAGAAUUUUCUGUCACGUGAUGUUUUUAUCGAUUCCCCUGUGGUUGUAUUGAGUUUGAGUAUAAUGAGAAAACUUUAACGUAUAUAGAAAGAGCAAACAAUUAGUUUUUGGUAAAAAAAAUGUGGAAAAUCGAAAAAAAGUAAGUUAUAGUUAAGUUGCCAUGAAUAUUACAUUCUGACGCUAGUACAGGUAGUUCUUUUACGUUUGAAGUUACAACUUAUCAUUUUCAAAAACCAAUGUGACAGUGCCAUUUCCUACCAAACGAGACUGUUACUAGCUAUAUUGAUUUCAAUGCAUUGAUAUCUCUCUGGUUGUUUUAUCGAUAUUUAUUUUUGGAUAUUUUGUUUUUGAAAGAGAGCGAGAAAGUCAGUUUGGACACUAGUCUUCUGUAUAAUAAAUACGAUUUUUUAUGUCGCAGUAAAGUUGAGGAAGUCGCACAGCAUUUAUUCUCAAAUAGUUUAGUGUAUAUCAAAUUUAUAUUAUUAAUUCGACUCAAGACUCUAGCUAUCAAUUACAUCAGUUCAUACUAAGUUUGAUAACUCGGAAUGAAAUACAAAAGCUUUGUAUAUAGCUUUGUUAAAUCGC